UUCACUGUGUGUUAGAAAAACUCAGUUACAGGCAGACUGUGAAGACUGCUGAACACACAAGACAUCUAUAACCACAGUCUGUGGUCACUUCUGCCUUCUCCGUUUCUCUUUUUUUUUUUGUGCUCUGGUCCAUCACUCCAUAUUGGAGGUUGAUUCCACAGGCCUGUAGCGUUUAUCAGCACCACUGGUCGACGAGGAGAGAGUUAAAGAGGAAAACUAGGAUAAAAUUCAGAGUGAAACAGGGAGAGUACAAGCAGGAGACUCAAUAAAAAAAAAAAGAAAAGAAAGAGAAAUACUGAGAAAAUGUGUUGUACUGGAAAGUGCGCGCGCUUGGUGGGGCUAAUACUGCUCCCGUCUGCAUUUAUCUGCAUCAUUUCCAACCUUCUGCUUUUCUUCCCCAAUGCGGAGAAGCUGGAGAGCGACCAGAUAUCACUGCAAGUCUGGCUCAUGGGAGGCCUGCUUGGUGGAGGCCUCUUCAUGCUGUGCCCAAGUUGCUCUGCCAUUAGAGCAGGGGGCAAGGGUUGCUGUGGAGCAGGUUGCUGUGGAAACCGCUGCCGUAUGCUGAAUUCUGUCUUCUCGUCUGUAUUUGGAGCAAUUGGAGCACUGUAUUGCGCUGCUGUUUCAUCAGCGGCACUGGCCGCAGGACCAAAGUGCCAAGUUGAAAGUGGAAAAUGGGAAUAUCCUUUUGAGGACUUGCCCGGGGGAAACAGUAGUUACCUGGCUAAUGAGUCCCUGUGGGAGCUCUGUAAGUUCCCUCAGAAUGUGGUUCUGUGGCACAUCGUUCUUUUCUCCAUCACUCUGACUAUGAGCCUGGUGCAGCUCAUCUUGUGCGGCAUUCAGGUCUUUAACGGCUGCCUCGGCUGCCUCUGCGGGGACUGCCGUGACAAAAAAGAGGAGGAGGGAGGGCUGUGAGAGAUGUUCGGAAGAAAUCGAGAUCGCCGUUUGCUUCGUCCUGUCUGUCGUUAUUUUCACACCUCCGUCUUCAGUCUCUUCGGAUGACUUAUCCGGUCACCAAUUUACGGACAUUCCAACACCUAGCAAAAAAAAAAAAACACACACCACCACAUUCAAAGCAACGCCACCGCACGGAGAGCGUUAUGUACUGGUUAUCACACGACAGACUCUCGUUGUGUAAUAUAGGAUGCUGACUUCAAAGGAUAAAUUCGGAGAACAUGCGUAAUUUGGGACACAGGAAAUGAUUCUAAAAUAAUCUGUUUUCAUUGUGAACAUCUUUAGAUCGUCAUGGUCUGUGGUAUUUAUUUGUUUUCUGCAUGAAUUAUUUAAUUAAGUUCCUCUGCUGUGCUUAUGAAUAAUUGACUGAUAAUGAGAAAUGUCUCUCUUUGGAGUUUCCGUUUUGAUGUCGUAAGAGCCACUUAAAGAAGAUUUACAGACUUAAAGAAACCUUUGUCUGUUUUCCAGUAGUGGUCUUUGUGGUGUGGGAAUUUAUUUAAUUUUGUUUUUAUUUUAAUAAGUAUCUCUACUGAGUUUCAAAUCAGUUUUAUAUGACCAUGAAUUGCUCUUUAGACUAUUGUAUAGACUGGAUAUAAAUGUUGUCGUGUAUCUUUUUGCUUUUUCUAAUAAAUCCAGUUUGAUUUGCAAA